CCGAGUCCGGUGAGACCGUUUCGCCGAUUGUCACACUCGGAUUCGCGACAAUCCAAUUGAGAAGCUUUGUUGGAUCACAGCAGCAUAUUGGGCACUGGCAGUCAUGAACCAGCAUUCUUCUGUGCUUAGUCGACCAUCUUCCGGUAAAAGAAGAUUAAAAGACCUUCUACUUCAAAGUGAUAAUCGUCUUUGUGCUGAUUGCGGUGCCCCUGACCCAAAAUGGGCAUCAGCCAAUAUAGGAGUUUUUAUAUGCUUAAAGUGCUGUGGUGUACACAGAAGUCUUGGCACUCAUAUAUCAAAGGUCUUGUCUGUGACUCUAGAUGAAUGGUCAGAUGAUGAUGUUGAUGGAAUGGUUGAGGUUGGAGGAAAUGUGUCUGCAAAUUCAAUUUAUGAAGCUUAUAUCCCUGAAGGAGUUUCCAAGCCUACACCAGAUGCAGGUCAUGACCAGCGCACUUCAUAUAUCAGGUCUAAGUAUGAGCUUCAAGAAUUUUUAAAGCCUAGCUUGCGGAUUUCAUCGCAAUCAAAGAAGCAAUCGCUUCAGCCAGAUGGUUUUCAAAGUUCAAGUUCAAUACAGGAUUCUGAAGGGCUGGUGGAAUUCAUUGGAAUCUUAAGGAUUAAAGUAAUUAAAGGGACAAACUUAGCUGUUAGAGACAUGCUCUCUAGUGAUCCAUAUGUCGUUUUGACCCUUGGGCAGCAGAAAGCACAAACUACAGUGAUGAAGAGCAAUUUAAAUCCAAUCUGGAACGAAUAUCUCAUGCUUUCAGUUCCUCAAGAAUAUGGGCCAUUAAAGCUGGUAGUGUACGAUCAUGACACUUUUUCUGCAGAUGAUAUGAUGGGGGAGGCCGAGAUUGACAUCCAGUCUCUUAUAACCUCUGCAAUGGGAUUCGGGGACCCGGGAAUGUUUGGCAAUAUGCAGAUAGGAAAGUGGCUGAAGUCGCCCGACAAUGCACUGAUUGAGGACAGUUGUGUGAACAUUGUUGAUGGGAGGGUGAAACAAGAAAUGAAGCUCAAGCUGCAAAAUGUAGAAUCUGGAGAGAUAGAUCUUGAACUAGAGUGGAUGCCUCUUGACGAAUAAGUCUUGUGCAUAUGUACAAAUAUUUCUUCAUUCUAAAUUAUCAUACCAUGUUUGAAUGACAUAAUGUUUGGCAAGUGGUUAAGAUUUGGGGUUUCAUCCCAAAAAUUGUUGGCCAAUACUUAAUUGGCCAUGUUUGGUAAUCAGCGGUUAGCUGGUUAUGUUAGCAGUUUUUAUGAGUGUUUUGUAUAAGUUGUUUUCCCUUUAUAUUAGCGGUUCAAAAUCGUUUGGUAAAGUAGUUGUUGGAGAAAA